GUCGUUAAUCCCCGACCCAAACCACCACUCACCGAGACACCGCAGUCGCCUUCGCCCUCUCAAGAUUGAGAUGGACGCCACCCCGCCAUCCAAGAAGGCCAAGACGACGGCCGCGCCGCCGCCGCGCAAGCUGCGGGAGGCCGCCGCUCUGGCGGACGAGGUCCGGACGCCGGAUAAGGCCGCGAAGAAGAUGACGCCGGCGGCGGCGUUCGAGCAGAUCCCGACGCCGGAGAAGCCGGAGGAGAUGCCGAGGGCGCGCGGCCGCAGCGUGGCGUUCUCCGUCAAGGAGAUCCGCCGGGCGGCGCUCGGGCUGCGGCGGCCCGCGGCGCAGGCCGAGGCGGCGGUGGAGGAUGAUCUCGAGUCCGUCGAGCGGGAGCUCGGUGUUGGCGCCGGGGCUGGCCGGAGUCCCGUCAAGCGCAAGGCGGAGGUCAAGCUGCCGGAGAGUUAUGAGAUGCUCUUCGAGUUCUUCAACUGCCUGGAGAGCUCUACCCGACUGCUCCGUAUGAAGGGGUCCAAGGCCACGUUCCCCAACAUCUGUUCUAGCAUUCAGAAUUUGACCGAGCGGAGAUUUACCCACAGCCAUCUUGCACAGCUCAAGUACAUAAUGCCAGAGGCGAUCGUCAUCAACAAGAUCCUUUUGCGUGACGACACGACAUGCUGCAUGUACCCUGAUCUUCAGGUGAACCUCCUAGUUGGUGCUGUUGAGAACGUCCUUAAGCAAAAGGGAGAAACUGCAUACCUGGCAUUAAGAAGGACCUUUAGGCAGAGGCUCGUGGAAUUCUACAGGGAGCACCCUGAGGGAGAUGACAUUCCAGAGCACGAGCUGCCACACCCAUUCAACCGAGCGAGAUCGAGCUUGCCCCAGGACGAACAAAGGACUGCUCCUGAAUCUUCGUCCCCACUCAAGCCAUCUGAUGUCAAUGGACAGCAGCAGACCGCUGCUGUGAUGUCGCACAUGUCACAGUCGUUCAAGAGGAGGUUCUCGCAGAGAUCUCCGAUCGGCUCUGCAACAGCCAGUGCACCCAGUCCACUGGUGAAGGCUGCUUCCACUGCUCCAUCACCACUGAGCAGAAACUCCCUCUUUGGCUGUGUUGAUUCUGGCAGCACUUGUGGUGAUGAAAAAUCAUCAAGUGCCAAAGAAGACUUCUGCAAGUCCGGUGUUUCAGAAAACACCCCUGCAAAGUUUGCCUCCACACCAGCGAGGCUAAUGGCGCCUACGCCAGGCCUCAAGACGCCAAAGAGACCAAUCUCUGCCACAGGUUAUGAUACCCCGCCUCUGAGAACGGCGAAGAGAUCAGCUCGCGCGAAGCUGUUUACCACUCCAACAAAGAAUAACAGUACGGGUGGAGAGAGCCAAAGCGCAAGCGUAUCUGGCGCUAGCGCCGACGACGACUUGCUCAGCUUCCUUCCACAGUCCCUCCUUCAGUCGGUGAAGGAGAAGGAAGACAGGGCUUUGGUAGAGAAAGAAUCCGGUUUCGCCGAUCAGGUCAGAAGGCAGAAGCUGAUCGCCUCCCUGCCCAGCACCUUCGACGUCGUGUUCCUCAUCUACCAGUCGAGGCAGCGGUCAGUGAUGACAAAGCAGGAGCUAGUCCACAAGAUCAUCGCGAGCAGUCCUAAGAUAGCUGACAGAAGUGAAGUUGAGGGGCAUCUGACGCUGUUGAAGGAGCUCGUUCCAGACUGGUUCUCCGAGAAAACCGCACGCAGCGGGGAUGCUCUGUGCUGCGUCGAUGCCACUUUGAGCCAGUCGGAGAUUCGGCAGAGACUGUACGCUGCUGCUGCUGCUGCUGAGUAGGACCGGAUGCGAAGAGGACGAGCAGCGGAAAAGAGCACUCAGCCAAGGGCCGUCAGUUUCUAGUGUUGUUGUGAUAGAAGCCUUAGCUUAGAUGAAAAUGGAUGACUUAUGUAUAGUGAAGCCAUUCUGACAACUGAUGGUUCCUCACUCUGAAACACCCACUGAAAUUAAGACGAGUCCAUUUGUCUACUGAAUGAUGACUGGCUGGCCUCUUUGUAAACCCCUCUCCUGCCUGAAGUAGCAAUGAGAUGACAAAAAUGUCUUGGUCUGCUGAUGA